AGCUCCAGGAGGCAGCUAUUACACUACUAUUGAGAGGCUGCUGCUGCUGCUGCUGGACACACAUAGAGAAGGCUCCGGGCGCCCUCUGCCGUCCGCUCCAGGUAAUUGCACCCCCCGCUGCAGACUGCGGGGACCGCGGGAUUGAGAGUGGACCCGGAGCCCGGCAGCAUGAACCCGGGGAGCCGCUCCCACCCGUCCCCGGAGCACGACAGCGCCAAGCCGGGGGCCGGACGCCCCCACCCGUCCUCGGAGCCCGGUAGCUCGAAGCCCACCGCCCGCACUGAUCCUUCCCCGGAGGCCGGCAGCGGCGGCGGCUCCAGCCCAACGGACCGAUUUGGGGUGCUGAGCACCGAGCAGCUCCGGCAGCUGCUGCAGGACGAGGCGAAGCUGCAGCGCAUCGUCCGCCUGAGCGAGCAGGUGCAGUCGCUUCAAGAAGAGAGGAAAACGUCUUUGGCUUCUAACUUUGAGCUUGCUCAAAAAAACUUGUCCCUUCGUCCACGUCUGGAGACUGGGAAAGCUAAUCUGGCAAUUAAGUACCAGCUGCUGCGCGAAACCUGUGCAUCCUGUCGUGGAAAACUACGAAAAAUCCAGUGCCUCUUGCAGGAAUGUAAUCCACAUGUUGCACUCAGCCACCUGCAGGAGGAGCUGCAGAGUACGGAGGCAGAAUGUGAGGCCCUCUCCCAGCUGUUCCUGGAGGGCUCCCUCCCUCUGCUUGUGUUCCUGGAUUCUUACCACUUGCUCCGGGCUCAGUGUCACAUCCGCAGGAUCCAGAAUGAGAAGCUGCUUGAGCUUCUGGGAGAGACUCUUGAACAGGACACAAUCCCCCAAAACCAGGAACUGCCUCCCGACCGGGAAUUGCCCUCGCAACCCACCAAACUACCCUCUGACCAGAACCUGGCCUCAAAGCUUCAGGAACUUCCCCCACAGUCCAGAAAACUGCCCUCCAAGCAGGCCUUGCCUGUUCCUCAAUCCACCAAAAUGCCCCCAAACCGGGAUCCUCAAAUGAAGUCUCGUGAUGUGGCUCCUGGAGGCAAACAGCCUAUUCGACCCAGAGAACUGCCCAUCCAAACCAGCAAACUGCCCCCCGAAAGGAAACUGCCUUCCAACCCCAAGGAAAAGCCCCACAAUCAGAGAGAUCAGACCCCCCAGGCCUGUGCUCAAUCAAUCCCAUCUCCUGCUGCCCCCUCACAGAUGCCCCCUGCUGUAUUCCGCCUGCCUCCUCUGCCGUGCGGGAUGACACCUGCAUUGUUGAUCCCAGCGGAGGUGCUGUCUCCUUUUCAGGGUCCUAAUGCCCAGUCCCCAGGUUGCGUCCCACAGUUGGGGCGCAGCAAUGGUCAACAGCAGCAGCCACCCCGGGCUCCUCUGCGUUUCAUCACUCGCAUCUACUUCUUGAGCACUCGGCACCUAAGGGUGCUGUCCAGAGCCCAGCGGCAGCAGCAGCAGCAACACCCUCCAAAGCGAUAAGUGAGGAGCUGUGGGUGGACAAGGGAGUAGGGCAAUUUAUGGGACGGGGGACAGGGUAGUUGUCUGUGAGUCGGUGUGUGUAUGAAUAUGCGUGUGGGUCUUUCUGCAGAUGAUGUUUCUUUGCCAAGGCAGGAUGUUCAUAUGAUUAUUUUCAACGUGUGAAUGGUGUGUGUGUGUGUGUGUGUGUGUAUGUGUGUGUGUGUGUAUGUCUAGGCUGGUUCCAAGUGAGCUCUUGAGUGAAUGAAAGGAAUCACUCUAGUGCGUUAUCUUUGGGAUGCAAUGUGUGUCUGUGUCUGCAAUGUGUACUCAGUACUUCCCCUCCUGAUUGUUUACUAGCUAUUAAUAAAUGCAGAAUGUCUGUGCAGACACACUGUGUAUGGUGAGCAGAGGAGUACGAAUGUCCAAGUGUACAUACUGCAUGCAUGGUUAACGUCAGGUGAAACUGCUGCAUACAAAUGUGUGGGUUGUCCAGCUCCAUGUGUUAGGAUAAAGUAUGGCAGUGUACAGUAUUUAUUAUUUAUUUAUUAUCAGUUAUUUAUAUAGCGCACACAUAUUCCGCAGCGCUUUACAGAGAAUAUUUGCCCAUUCACAUCAGUCCCUGCCCCAGUGGAGCUUACAAUCUAUAUUCCUUAGCACAAUUAUACUCACACGCAUUCACACUAGGGUUAAUUUCGUAAGAAGCCAAUUAACCUACCAGUAUAUUUUUGGGAUUGUGGGAGGAAACUGGAGUACCCGGCGGAAACCCACGCAAGUACGGGGAGAAUAUACAAACUCCACACAGGGACAUGGUGGGAAUCGAACCCAUGACCUUAGUACUGUGAGGCAGUAAUGCUAACCAUUAUACCAUACGUACUGCCCAGUAUGUGGAUAAUUAUUAAAUUCACAGUUUUGCACUUAUUAUUUACUUACAUUGCUAUAAUUGAGAUAUAUAUAAAAUAAUUAAAUUACACGUGUCAUGCAGACAACUUUGGGGCCAUUAUAAGGAAUUCCAAAUGUGUUUAUACAUUGUAUUAACCAAAAUUACUAGCAAAUGUCUAGAUUUAAAGCUGAUUUUCUAGCAUCCUCAUGAAAGAUGUCUCUGUGUAAAGUUUUUUAUUUUUAGCAGUGUGUUUCAGAAGAGGUGACUUAGCUGUGUGUGACUGGCACUAUGUCUCCACCUUGUGGCUUAUUAAGAUCAGUGCAGACUGUAUAAUAGUGUGCAAGGAAGCAACCUUACACUGUAAACUUUUUUUUUUCUUCUUUAAAUGGGUUGUUACAAAAGAGUAUUUGCAAAAUAGUUUAAAAAUAUGCUGGAUUUAUUUAUUUAUUUUUACAAUUGCUUGUGAUAUUGUGGUUCAUUGUGUCAUAUUUUCUUUCUGUAGUCUACAUCUGCAUGUUAAAAAUUCUCGACUCGCCAAUCCCGAUAAUUUUUUGCUGUGGUCCAGGUUAUCAGGUAAUGGCCGGACCAUACCCAAGGCUAGUGAUUUAAAGCUAGAAUGCUACCACUUGCCAAAAUCAAACAAGCAGCAGUCUUGUUGGUUUCCCUCAAGAGGCAGAGGAGCAUCAACAGCACAGCUGUGAGUCCCAAAUAGGCCCAUUUUGUAAUUUGUAGACCACUACAGCUUUCAGAGGUAACAGCCAUAUUGGUAAUGUUUUAAUUUUUACAAUCAAUCAAAUUUUGGUUUUCAUGUUACCUUUAGUAAUCUUGAUUUUACUUUAGGUAUUCAUGGGAGCACUGCCAUAUCUAUAAUGGGUGCAGUGUGUGCAGUGCACAAGGGCCCCUGCGUUCAGGGGGGCCCACACUGGCCUCCCUGCACCCGUUUCAAUACUUACCUCUCCGGAGUUCCCCUUCGGCAGCAGAACCUCUUCACAAAUCACAGUGAAAAUGGCGUGGCUAUCAUUCUCCUGGCAUAUUGUGCAUGCGCAGUAAGGAAAUCUCCGGGAAUAUGGCCACCACACCAUUUCCCUAGAGUUCUGCUUAUGCGCAAUAGAGUCUAUGCCCUUAGUGCUCAGACUUUACAUUACUGCCGGCUGGAGAGUAGGGGGCACGCAGGCAUCCUCCUCUGUUAAUUCGCACUUGCAUGGGAGUAAAAACAUUUUUAAAAUCAGAAUAAAUGGAAACAUCUAUGUGAAUUCAAAUUUCAAACAUUUGCCGUUUUCUUAAACUUUUACAAAAAGUUUUCUUAGUUGGCCGCUGUGUGUAAUGGAAUAAUGAAGAUGUUUAGCUGCUAAAUAUAUGUUUUAUUAUGGCCAGUAUCUUAAUGUUAUUAAUGAGGUAGCUAUCACUGAAAUAUCUAAAAAUAGUUUACCAAAAUUCUGUAACUAUUUACUAUUAUGUGGAUAAUAAUAAGUCAAAGUAUAUUAUUAUAUGGAAAAAGAAUCUAGUGCUGUGGAUUUGCACUGUGAAACCAGUAUCUAUCCUUAGAAGCAGAAGUGGCUUAAUGUGAAUAAACACUGACCAUGACAUGAUAUUCUGACAUCAUUUAUUCCCUCUAAAUAAAGAAAAUCUAAUUCAUUAAGAGAAAACAUACUCUUCCUUUACUGUCACUGCAUCUUUAUAACUUGUCUGUAUAAUUUAUUACCAUAAGUGAAAUUUAUUGCCAUCUACAGUCUAUAAUGAGAUGGUCCACCGGCUCCCCCCCCCCUCCCCUCCCUUGCAGGGUUGGACUGGCCCACAAGGGUGCAGUGGGAACCCCCGGUGGGCCCCACUGCCUGGGGCCCCACCUCUCCUCUAUGGAGCAGGUUCCAGACUGUGCACUAGAAUUAUACAUUAUACAUAUGUUACCUGGGAUGUAGUCGGAAUCCUGACUGUCAAAAAACCGUCCAUCAGUAUACCGGCAGUGCUGCCACAGCUAUUCCCACUCCUGGAUGUCCACGACACCCAUGGAGUGGGAACAGAACCUGUGGUGAGCGAAGCGAGCCACCGAGCCCGCAAAGGGCUUUGUUCUACUUGCCCCCCUGCUGGCAUUCUGACGGUCAGGAUUCCGUACCCAACCCUGUUACCUUAUACUGCACAGGACUAUAGUGUAUUUUCCAAUGUGCAUUGCGGUUAUUAAUCUGGUACAUUAUCAUGCAUCCACUAGCAGUGUUCACUAUAUAUAUAUAUAUAUAUAUAUAUAUAUAUAUAUAUAUA